GUAGGUAUUCCACAGACUUUUAUCAUACCAACGAUUGAUGCCGAUAAUGAUCAAGUACGAUGUCGUUUUGCCAAUGAUUCAGAAGAGUGUGCAAGUGUAUGCCACCCUGGGUCAUUACCGAACGGGACGAUAAUGACAUCGAACUGUACAUUCUCCAUUAACGGAUCGAACGUAGCCGAUUGGUAUGCAGUGGCAAUUGUGAUCAAAAACUUCAUCAACUCCGCGGCAACUUCUCCUUUGAGCAGCAUUCACAUUCAAUUUCUGAUCAAUUUACAAAACCAGUCAUCAUGUCCUGAUCGUCCACGUCUCACAGGCCCUCUCCAUCAUUCAGAUCAAUGUUCUGCUGUUAAAGUUAGUCAAACAAUCACUGCUGUUGAAGCCGAAAUUCAUCGUUUGGACUCGUCGAUACAAGAAAAACAAGAACUGUAUAAAAGACAUCUACUCGAUGAUGAUCAAUUUAAACAGAUGGGGUGGGAUUUGGCUAGUCGUCUUUGUCUUCAGAUCGAUCUUGAAGAACUAAAAGCAGAACGUGAUCGGCGCGCAUCACAAUGA